CAGACUACCAGCACGUCUUUCACGACCUUACAAUGCAACAUAUGGCAACAUAUGUCUGGAUCAACGGAUAAGAUGGCCCCAUCAGGCAGAGCAUCAACGUCGUGACGGUAUGCGCAAGCCAUACGAGCACUACUGUCCCGCAAUCGAUAAUUCUAUCCUUAGCUCUGCACGACGCUGAUUUCAUUGAUGAGCACGACAGAGUUGGCGAAAGAUAGCUUGGACGCUCGGUCUGACCGUCUAAGACCGCAUGAAUAUGGAUAAGCUGAGAUGAUUGCGGCCUGGAUAUACAACCUCAAAACUCGUAUAUGAACUUCACCCCGCUUCACAGUGAAAGCCUUCAAGCCACAACUCCAGUGGUUCAAGCAUCAGUAACAACCUCAGACCAUCGUUCUCAGGCACAAAACAUCUACAUUUUUCAACAUGAAGUACGCCUACGCCCUUCUCGCCCUUGCGGCCGCGGUCACUGCUGCCCCCGCCGCUUCCCCAGAUGCCGCUCCAGAUGCCGCCCCCGAGGCCGCACCUGCUGACAAGGGCUACGGCAAGUACGCAUCAUACGGCACAUACCCACCGCCCAAGGAUGGCUAUGGAAAGUAUGCCAGCUACGGCAAGUACGGAGCUUACAAGCGCGACGCUGAGCCCGAGGCCAAUCCUGAUGGUUAUGGCAAGUACGCCAACUACGGCUCAUACCCCCCACCAAAGGGCGGCUACGGCAAGUACGCCGACUAUGGCAAGUACGGUGGAAAAGACAAACGUGAAGCGGAACCUGAGGCCAACCCAGACGGCUAUGGCAAGUACGCUUCAUACGGUGACUACCCACCACCAAAGGGCGGUUAUGGAAAGUACGCCAACUACGGGAAAUAUGGCGCAAAGGACAAGCGCGAGGCAGAGCCUGAGGCCAGCCCUGAUGGCUACGGCAAGUACGCCAACUAUGGCAGCUACCCUCCACCAGAGGGUGGCUACGGUAAAUACGCCGACUAUGGCAAAUACGGCGGAAAGGACAAGCGUGAAGCUGAACCUGAGGCUGAGGCCAGCCCUGAUGGCUACGGCAAAUACGCCGACUACAGCUCUUACCCACCUCCUGAGGGCGGGUACGGCAAAUAUGCCAACUAUGGAAAGUACGGCGCCAAGGAUAAGAGGGAGGCCGAGCCUGAGGCUGAAGCUGCUCCCGCUGGCGACUACGGCAAGUAUGCCAACUACGGAUCAUACCCUCCUCCUAAGGGUGGGUACGGAAAGUAUGCGAACUAUGGCAAGUACGGUGCUAAAAGGGAGGCUGAGGUUGAGGCUCAGGAGUGAAGUGGACUAGAGCGAGAGGGGACAGAGGGCACACCGGCCAGUACGAGUACGGAUUUACAAUCCUUAUGUUGUUAUGAUUAUGCUUUUAGACGAACUACGAUACAUUCCUUCCCCAUAUUGGGGUGGCGUUCUUGUCCA